AGCUAUAUGAUUUUUGUUGUAAUCGCGCAGGUGAGCGUGUGUGAGCUGCUGCCUUCGGACGGUCGCCAGCAGCGGAUCGAGCAAGUUGUGGUGUACGACCAAGGGUCGUGGUCCGUUCCCAGCGGCGAUGACUCCUUCAUCGCCGUGCUCCUGGCAAAACUGGCCAGGGCUUUCCCAGGACGUGUGGCUCUACUUGCUGGUGGACUGCUGGAGUUCUCGAGCCGUCACAGGACACUCUGCGAGGAAGGCGGCUCGCGGGGUCCUCUGACGUCGCUGUCGCAGCCGUGCCUAAGUGCUGCGGGGCCGACGAGAAUCCUGCCCUUCCUGUUUCUGGGCUCUCAGCGGGAUGCGCAGGACCCCGACCUGCUGGCGUCGCACAACAUCUGCUACGAACUCAACGUCAGCACGUCGUGUCCCAAGCCGGACUUCAUCCCUGAUGCGCACUUUUUGCGCAUUCCCGUCAACGACAGCCACGCGGACAAGCUGCGGCCACACUUCGCUCGGGCCUGCCGCUUUCUGGACAAAGUACGGGAAUCAAGUGGAUGCGUGCUGGUGCAUUGUCUGGCCGGGGUGUCCCGGUCUCCCACUGUGGCCAUCGCAUACGUCAUGCGACACCUGGGCCUCUCAUCAGACGAUGCCUACCGGUACGUCAAGAGCAAGCGUCCCAGCAUAUCACCAAACUUCAACUUCCUCGGCCAGCUGUUGGAAUACGAACGCGAGCUACGUGGUGAAGCUGUUCACCGGACAGGGGGUGCCGCUAGCGCUCCACUGCCGGAGGAGAGGCCCACUGGGCGCUGUGAGGAACCCCAGCAGCAGCCUCGCGAGGGGGAGCGACCACCUCCUCUCGUGCGACCCGCUGCAGACCCACGGUGGUCGCUGUGCCGGCUGAGCCUCGACUUGCGGGGCUCGAGCACCGCCGGCAACCGACGAGAUGUGCAGCGCAGUCGGAGCUGCAACAUUCAGAACUGGCCGCUGCUCGGACCGCACCCAGAGGAGGAUGUUGCACCCGCAUCAUCAUUGUCGGCCACGGACUGCCGAUAUCCAGAUCACCAUCAGACGGUACCGGCAGACGAGGAAGAGGUCAUCCUGCGUAGGCGACACAAGGCGGGUGACUACGAGCCUCGCAGGGACACUCGGAGCCACGACAGUGCUUACAGGUGCGGCACUCUAUGGUCUCUCACCUUGGAAGACAUGGCUGAGCUGGAGGCAGCAGCCGGUGUGGAGACUGGGGCUGUGUGUCCCCUAGCGCCCCCUCCUCCUCAUCUCCCAAUGAGUCCCCUGAGUCCCUCCGAGAGCCACUUACUGCAGGACUUUGCCUCUUCUCCACCUGCAGAUAGCUGCUGCCCUGCAGAGAACCUGUGGGGCCGGUCAGUCGAGCUGGAAGGAUCCCACGACUCUGGCGUCACCAGCGCAUCAUCCGGUUCCUUCUGGGGCGCUCCGUUACGGGCGCCAUCAUGUUCCUCCUCUUCUUCCACAUCCUCGUCCACUUCCUCUUCCUCCUCGUCCCUGGCGGCAGACGCCGGCAUCUACGGCAGCGACUGCGGCGUCUCCGGCUUCUCUUCGUCUCGCGCACUGCCGCGUGCCCAAUCUUGCCCCGUCAUGCUGGGUGGCUGGCUGCGCAGGGCCUCGAGCCUCGACGAGUUUCCUCUCUGCUCCUCGUCGUCGCACGCGGCGGCGCUGUCACGACCGCGCAACCGCUACAGCUGCGGCAGUCUGGAGGCCGUGCUCGGCGAAGGAGGCAGCUCGGUGGCCGCCUUGUCCGUGUCCUCCCUGCGAGAAGCCGCCGCCCGGCGCCAGACGCCGUACUCGCGCCGCUCGGCCAGCCUCAUCCCGGUCUCGUGACGGCGGCCCGCAGCGCGGCCGCUAAGCCUAACCAUGGCUGCGGCACUGCCGGCUCGGGCCCUCGUUGGUGACGCAACCGGACUGCUGCUGGCGGCUGCCGCCGCCGCAUUGGCCUGGGCACUGACGGGACUCGCGGCUCUCGUUUGAUCAGCGGUACCCGUGGAAGAAAAAAUGGGAGCUCGCUGGACUGUGGCCACAGAAAAUGAAAAGUAGAGUGGAUGGCUUCAGGUGACCAGGAAAUCAGCCUUUGUGCAUCCGCGUAUCCUCAUCGAGCUCAGCGGCACGUUCUCGUACAGCUUUGAGUCAAGUGCAUAUUUGUAGCUUGCUGGGGCAUAAACUUUGCAGCUUAUAUGUGCAAAAGAAAGUGACUGAUUGGCGCUGUGUGACUCAUCGGCCAUGUGCAUCAUUGCAUUGUAACAAAGGUAAACCGCCUCGUGGUACGAGGCGAUAGUCAAAACACAGUGAUAGUGUGCUUGCUGCGAGGUCUCGUGGCAACUACUGCAACGGGACAUUUGUCUGUUCAGCCACUCGGACGUUGUUCGGUCACGGCAGCCCUAUUUGCCCAGAGUGCUUAAUGAUAUUUAUCUGGCCAUGCCAUAAGAUGCCGAGGGACAGUUCCUUCGCCUCAUACUUCAUGCCUUGCUAUGGCAGCGGCAUAACUUGGAAUGUAUGCUUCCCUGAUGUCUUUACCACAUAUAUUUCUGCUGUGGCUUAUUGAGAAUUGCUGGCUUGUGGAAACCUUACCCGCCUGAAGCGCACCAGAGUAUUUCAAACUGAUGCUCCCAGCUUGAAGGAUAAUGUAAUGUGACCCGACUUGAGGAGAGCACCCUGUGCACCAAAGAUCGUUCUUGUCAUGUAUAUCACAUGGCGUUAGGCUUGCAAACCUCAUACUUGAAUACAUGGGACUGAGCCUAGCAAUAUUAGAACAACUUUUACGUGGGAUAAGUGCUUCUUCUCGAUAGUGCGUUGUAUCCUUGAUUGCUUCGAUAAGAUGAUCGCCCAGAAAAACUGAUAGUAGCUCAUGACCCUGCAAGUAUGUGUAAGAAAGAUGCCGCGACAGUUGCCACUAAAUGCACAAAAGUAGCACACUGAAAGCAGAUAUUUUUUGAUGCCGAUAUCCAUGUCCAUCAUAAGGAUACUGCUUCAACACUGGUGGGCUAGGCUGCAGUAUAACACACGGUGUGUCUUUUCAUGACAUGGCCUUUUCCCAAAUGCCUUGCUUCGUCCGAGCUGUGCUUGUAAAAGGUUUCACGCUGACACAGAGGAGGUGGCAUGAGCUUCUUUUUCUGUGCUUCAUUUUCUUUAGCAUCAAAUCUUCGAUGACCAUCUGAGCCACUCAUACCAGUGGGGUCGUCAAGCAACGAAUGUGGAGUAAGUUAUCAGGUAUAGCGUACCGCAAAACAAGUUCGCACUAGUGACAGUCCCAGUGCUGAGGGUGCCUGUUAUCUCUGGGUCCAGGCCAGCUGUCUAUUCUCUGCUGAAGUCUUUCAAGGCAUGCAUCACCUUUCUUCCUGACCUUGGCAAUCCAUAUGCCUAUCAUUCUUGCUUGCGCCUACCCUUCCAGUGUCCAUGAUAGUGGUACAGGAGGGGCAGUGUUUUGCGAAUGACGGGCGUGUAUUGCACGUGGGACACCAUAAGUCGAGACAGACUUUUUAUAGAUGUCAAUAUGAAUGUGUGGCUUGUCUCCCACAUCCCACUCCCUUUUUUUUUGCUUGAGCCUAUUCUCCUGUUUGGCAAACUGUGCCUCGUCAGGUGAACGAGUGGUUUUAUUUUUCAGUGCGACCACCGCGCACUAAGGACUCUUUUACCGCUGCUCCAAAGACAUCUUGCCAUAGCCGCAGUGGCUCUUGGCUUACCUGAUGGGGGAUAGCGUUGAAGUGUCACGCUUCCCCCGACAAUGUACAAAUGGUUCUUCCUCCUCUUCACCAAACAAACUUUUUUUUUGUCUAUAACAUGUAUCGCACUUGUUUUCUUUGAUGGCAUCGGCCUCAUCAAGACAGCAGGCCUCCGUUGUGCUAUGCACGUAGAGAUCUAUCCCUGAGCGGUAUUUAUUGAAGAAAAAAAAAAGAAACUAGUCGAGCAAGUUUAGGAGCAUCCUAGACCUAGCUGCAACUCUGUCUUCCUAUAUAUUGUUACACCCUGCACCCACCGCGGGAGCGGUGCGGUUUUUUCCUUUUGUUCUCGUCUUUGUUGUUGUUGUUUUUGGGAAUGAAAGGACGUGCGCGUUGUCGUCGCGUUCAUUGCACGCGUGCACGUUGUGAAUGUUCUCGGCCCACGAAGUCUGCCAUGGCCAGUUUUUAUCCGAUUUUGGGUGCCAGCCCGCCGCUAAGCUGUAAAAAUGAGGAACCACUUCGGGAUGAGUGGACCAGCCACGACAACGAGGUUAGCUUCAGCGGUUUGCUGGUAUAGCGAAACAUCAAAUUUUUUGGGGUUUCGUGUGUUAAAAUGUCAAAAUUGAGCUUACCAGCUGCCAUAGUCCUGUGAAACAAUGAACCAGCACCAAAAAGCUUCAGCCGCAUACUUUGCCUGACGAUAUGAGAAAAAGGUGCAAAGCGACAAAAGGAUUAUUAAACCUGGUGCUGAAUCCAUUUUUUAAAUUUAUCUGCGUGACAUCUUCAUUGCUCUUGCCAAUCUAGAUAUACAGUGAUCCUAACGGCUGUGUAAAAUAUGAGCUAAGUGUUGGUCAAUAAUGGCUAGCUUUGAUUUCGGUAGGAUCUGUUGCAAAUAACCUGUAUUUGCUGCCACACCAGUCACGUUUUAAGCGUUUUGCUUGCCUCUGUUUCGUGCUAUAACCAUCCAUACAUAGAUUUAAGCACAUUUACUAGGCUGUGCGAGCUUUCUACGGCUACAUUGCACAAAUGUGGAUGUAUGUGUCCUGCAGUGUAAUUUUCAAAUCAGGGUGUCGUAAUACAGAAAGCAAACAUAUUUGCGACUCAUACCGAGAAAGGUGCAAUUUGUUUGCCCUCACCUAUUACCUCUUCACCUUUUCAUGCACAUGUGUUGAUGGUACAAGAGGAAUCACAGCCUACACUGUUAAUGAAAAUCUGCAACAGUUCAUUAAGACUUGAAGUGUGCACCUUGUCAUUCAUACUUGUCGGAGGGCGUACCUCUUCAUAACCUGACCCGCUUUGCUUAAGCCUUCAGAUUUUUAUAGGAUUUUAUACGAAUUUUCGAGGAAAAAAAACGAUUUGUUUUGCUGUCAUUGCAAGUAUGACUUUUUGUUUUGGUUUUGCCGCCGUUGAAAGUAGAAACAUGCAGAUCGGCUCCUUGUCUCGAGAGUUUUCGAUGUGCUCACUUAUAAAACGAUUCUCGUCUCUGUAAUGUUUUGCAGUAGAACAGAAUCAAACCAGUAGUGUGUCAUAUGAGCGCAGUGAUACAUCACAGUGUCGUCGCAUGAGUAUGACAGCAUCAGGCAGUUGAAUGCUUUGCUGGGCGAGUUGGUUCAUGGUCUUAAAAUAAAACACGGUGCAAAAAAAAAAAAGACAGGACAAGAGAGUAUUCGUCCUGUCGCCUUGCCUCUCUCGUCCUGUCCUUUUUGCACUCUGCUUUUAUUUGCAGAGCGUUCAAGCCUAUUUUUUGUCAUUUAGAGUGGCAGGUAGUGAAACUACAAACUUUAUUGUACAUAUCCAUCUGGGUUGCUACAGCUUGUUAGCAUUCUGUACAUUCAGUGUAAGCAAAAUUGGCGCCUGGAUUCAAAAGGAUCGUUUAAUUUUUUAGCGUGAAAAACACGUUUCGGAGCUUCAGUGUGCUAUCAACACACGUGCGAUGUGCUGACGAUUAGGGCGCAAUGAACUAGACCAUCUAACACCAUCAGUCUACAAAUUUUAAGUGUGGUGUGAACCACCAAUUGGUUGUACAUGUUACUCAUCUGAACGUAGAUGUUCAGGCCACGGAUGCACAGGACGACAUCUAUGACACAUUUCCUAUGUAAAUCCUUUAGUGUCAUGUCCUGCUCCUUGUGUCUAUAGCGAGAAUGAGUGGACAUUUUGAAGUGUAGAAGCACGACUGACAAAAGUGUGAAUGCGUAACUGUAGGCAAUCUCUGUUGUGCUUUGCAGUUUUUUUGCUGGUUGCACCUAUUGGAGGAGUGCCCUCCAUCAACUGUGACGCCAGCGUUCGCUUGUUAGACGUGUGGUCGGGCGACACCCGUGCAAUGUACGCUUCCGAUCGGAGCGCCCCCUACGCAGGCAGUGUACCGCGCGUGCUACCCUUUGUGUGCAAUCAAAGCUACUGCCAGUAGGUGGUCGUCUUCGCCAUGGCGGGGUACUUUUUCCUCGGAACGUGUGCAUUAUUUAGAACCCCCUGUUAAGUUUUUCUUCCUACGUUGCACAUACAUGCAAUGUUUGUCUAGUGCCUUGUGCUGUGUGUCCCCUGACCGUGUAGCGCUAACUGCCAUCGGCGUCUGUAUUGUGCACGCUGUACCGAAUGUGAAGCGCGGGGUUCUGCAGCCCCCCCACCCCCUUUAUGGACUGGGAGCGUAUAGUGUUGGUGUCUGUGUGGGAAUUGUAAAAGGAACAAGCAUAUCAACCGCAAAUUGUUUUCUGAACUAUCAUUUGACAUGUCGUGGGUGGGCACAUUCGACUGUCUACGCACUGCCGAGUGUAGCCGAUGAUACACGUAUGUGGUGUACAGAACGCUGUCAUCGGUCCGCGGCACUUGGCAGCUGCGUCACGCAUACAGUAGGCUACAAAAUACUGCGGACCACGUAAGCGCGUGCUGAUAUGGCCACCUGGUUGCUGUCGAGAGCAUUGUUCUGGUGUUUGCGCGGCCUCAGCUAGGCUCUCGACAGCAGACUGCUCGCCACUAGAUGGCGCAGACUUCAAUUUCGCCGCGUGCUCACGUGGUCCAUAUUAUAUUCUAGCCGGCUCUACAAUUCCCGUGUGGUUUCCUUCUGUGGUCUGCCAUAUCUGUAAUAUGCAUUGGUCGCCUUUCGUGCAUGCCUGAUGGUGCACAUGGGGGAUGGAUGACUUACGAUCGUUGGACGAACUUCCAAGUGUCGUGAGCAAGUGACAGUGCUGCUAGCGGUUUUUUCUUUUCUUCGAAGUGCACGAGAGUUGCGCUUGUGUUGGACGUGUGGCUGAUCGCCAAUACGAGAAAUAAAGAACUCGUGGCCUCCCUGAG